CCUCUCUCUUCUCUUGUAGAACAGACAUCUUCCAAAUCCGCUGAAAAAAAAAAUAAUGGAAACCAUGCAUGAGCUGAUCCCCUUUGCCAAAGAAAUGCUCAGCCAGAAGCCCAACAGGAAAAUGGUCAAGCUGUACAUGCUGGGCAGCGUGCUGGCUUUCUUUGGUGUGGUUAUUGGUCUGGUGGAGGCAGUGUGCAGUCCUUUCACCUCUGCAGGGAGGCUAGAGGAGGAGGAGGAGAAGAAACCUGCCCCGACGCAAGAGCAAAUGCUUCCUCAGAAACAACAGGAUUUGAUCUUGGGAAAGAGCAAGGAGCCGGUGGUGACGCAGAGGGCCCUGGUGACCAGACAGCACGCCUCCUAAGAGCCCCGCCGCUGGAGAGGUGCCUGCUGAGCAACCAAGCACAAGAGACUCUGCUGUCCUGUUGUACCUGGUGGUGGUUCCAGCAAGAAGAGAGAAGGGUUGGCUGAAGGAGAAGGCCGCAAGUGCAAGACUUGAAAGAAGUGAAUGGUUAUAUUUGCUGCUGUGCAGCAGUGGGGAAAAAUACCUUUUGUUGGUAUAAAAAUGUGCAAGAUGCACAGCAUGGUUUCUUAUUUUUAUUACAGAUGCAUUUUACAACAUUUUGCAAAAUCAAUAAAUAUUUUAUAUGGUA